AGUUUGGAAUGUUGAAUUUCACAUAUAAUAUUCUUAGUCUCAAGUAUGUGUCCAAAGAUGAUGAACGUGUUGACGGGUUUACUCGGUUUUUUUUUGUUAAUCACAGCUGCUGUCGAGGUCUCAGCCGAUGAAGCAAUCACAAUUUUUCUCGAUGGCGGCAAAGAGUUCAGCGCUAUAAAAACAGACGUGGACGCAAUUCGGAUUGCAGGGAAUGAAUUAAAUACAGACCUGUCAAAAAGAUUAAAUAGGCUCGAAAGCUCCAUUGAAAAGUUGACUGUACUCAUGCAGAGUUUGGCGAAGGAUGUUAUUUCAGCAUGGAAUAUUUAAAGAGUAGUCGUAAAUGUAGGAUCGCAAGUAUCGAUAAAAACCGGAAAUAUCAACUUUAACUAGAAAGAAUAUUGAUUUGUUCAUGGUGAUACUCAUUCAGUACUUGAAUUUCAAAGCUCUAUAUAUAUAUAUAUGAGAAAGAAGUGAAUUUUAUUCACAUGGCUUCAGUAUAAUGAUUAAAAAAAUUUAGUUAAUAAUAAAUUCUGCACUGCAACGUUUUAAUAAA